AUGAAAUCCAACCCGAGAGCUGUUACCUCCUGGUUCGCCACAUCCGACACAUGGUUUUCUGUUCUUCGCUCUUGGAAAAGCAUUCCUUGUGUAUGGUCGCUUCUAAACUACACUCCUUCCUCGGCCGUUUGUUUCAAGGCUUCGUGGAUCAUUAACGUUUUGCACUCGGGUUUUGGAUUCCCUCGAACCUACACCAACCUCCAUCCCAUUGACAAGCUCUCCGGCAUUGAGGUGCAAUGGAGUCUGGAUUUUGAGUGCCAUUCAUGGAGUCGGUGGUGGCAUCCCUUUGCCGACCUGCUACUUGUAGUGACCGCGUCGUUCGCUCAUAUACUUCCCUCCUCUGCCCUCCAGUUUGAUGAUCCGUUGGGAUUGGGAAUACUUACUGCAAUACUAGGUGGCACAUGCUCAAUUGCAACUCCUUGCAGCCCUGAGUUCAAGCGCCUGCUGGCCGAAGAGCCCAGUUAUCCGGUGGUGGGGUUUACGCAUCGUCAGACUGCUGCGCUCUUGCUCCUCCUCUUCAUCUUCACGUGUCUUUCAAUCUACAUCUACUACAUCUGCUGUCGAAAGCAGCUCCAAAGAUUUGGCUUCGUUGGGAGUCACAGCCCCCCUUGCUGCGCCGCUCCUCUCCUUCUGCCCUUCAAGCAGCUUUGGCGCUCGCCUAAGCUAGCCAACAAUGGCGUUGUUCUCGGAGGUGUUGGAAGCGGCGGCAGCGUUGGUGGAGGAGGCAAAAGAAUCCCCUCUGGCAACUACCACUACUCGAAGAUCUCCUCUCCCAGUCUACAUGUGAACUUCCGUUCCUCAAACUCCCUUCCCUCAUUCGAAAAUUUCCAGGACAGCAGGGUCGUCCCCCUGGGGCUAUGCUUCGCGUCUUCCCCUCCUUGCCACCCUGGUCUCAUCAGUGCUGCCCAACCCUAUCCAUCUGGAUUCUAUCCAGCAAGUAGGGCAGUGGAGGUAUCGCGAGUUCACACCCGCAGCCUAUUAAGCAAGCACUUCGUUCGGGAAUUAGAGGCAACCAACUGCGCAAAUAAUUCUCCAGAUAAGGUAAUGGACUCAAAUUCUUCGCUGAAUGGCGAAGAAGCCCGUGAUUUUUACCUUGGCUUAUUUGCUGACGAAAAAGCAGAACUGGGGCCACUGAACGCUUCUCGCCAGUUACAGUCUUCGUGUUCAUCUAACUGUGAUCCCACCUCUCGGUCACACAUAUCUUCUCUCCAUCACCAAAUUGCUGUUCUGUCUAAGGAGCCAAUUCGUCCCUCCUCAUUACUCAUCCCCCCAUCUAAUCGAGGAUACAAAAUGCUUCGACGCCUAGGCUGGAUUGAUUUCGCCGAUAUGGAUAUCUCCGUCAGUUUUGCUGAUGUGGGGACGUCGAGUGCUGGUGGACUGGGCCGACAGGGUCAAGGACGCCGUUUUCCUAUAGCGACAGUGCUCAAAAGCGACAGGUUGGGAUUCGGUGCUACUACAAAGAGCCGCCCGCGCAUAACGCAUUUCGCGCCCAACGACAUAAAGGCUGUCGUUAGUAGGCCCCUUUCAUCGCGGAAAAACUGGCCCUUGCGUCUGGAUAAGCGAUUACAGGCAAAACGUAUCAAGGCGGAGAAACUGAAGGAAAUCCGAUUCCGACAAGAAUUUUACUUCGAUGACGAUCAGUUAAAAUUUCCUGCUUACCGUAUGGGUGAACUCCACGCGCUGUACUACGCUAUCGCAGCUCCCUUUAAGGCUAUUCCGCGACAUAACCGCAAGCAUGGGCGUCAAAUGCAGACCUGCUAUGAGAGGGCUGUAAAGCGCGGCUUCACCUCUUCCACUGCUGUUUCCGUGCCAGUCGUUCCCUCCGUAGUUGAUCCAGAGGAGGCUGAGGCGGAUAGCUCCUUUGAGCGCUAUCUUUGCGAAAUGCUAGGUCAAGAGCGAGCCAAUAAAGUUGUUGCUGGUGUAAGGCGUGGUCGUUCAACAACUGAACCUUCUACUAAUUCUAACACGGCUGUACCUAUGCGCCUCGCCUAUGGUGGCACUGCGAAUGGGGCACUACCCUUCGGUCGCAGGUACAUCGCUGCCACCGAAUCACUCGUUGGCAGUUCUGACCACUCUUCGGCCCUCGAAUCUCACUCCAAGGCCGCUAAACGAAGUGUUCCCGCGGGACUCGACUUCGACUAUGACAAAUUUAAGGAAUUCAUGACCACUCCCCUCGAGGAUUUGAAACAAAAGCAAAAGGAGUCAAAAGCAACUCUCUCGUCUUUGGACACUGAGCUAAAAGUCCGCACUGAGGUACCCCGACCUUCUGGUCCCCGUAUCCUCUGUCUUUUCAACAUUAACCAGUCGUCCUGA